AUGGCGAAACGCAAGGCACCUGAAGAACUCUCCACUAAUUUGAAUACUAUCAAAGCUCGCAACCGCGUCUCCAACCUUACUGAAGAUGAGAAGGCUGUUCAUUUAGCACUCAAGGCUGACCAUGGCGAUCUGAGCUACUACUUAAAGAAGUUAUACAAGUCUGCAAAGUAUAUCGCUGCCUCUGCUGAAGACAAGACACGUCUACAGAAUGAAUUGAAGGUUGAGCGUAUUCGUGUUCGGACUGAAAAGGGCACCCAUGCAUCUUGCAUUGCGAAUCAGAAAGUCAAGAAUACUAGCGCCCCUUCUUCUUCUCCACAAGCCCCACCAUCUACUCCGCCACAACUUCUGUCUGAGCUUGCUGCAUUUGAGGGUAUCACCAGUAUCCCAAUCGAUGACAAUCAUAACAGCGAAUGGGAGGAUACUGAGGUUGAAGACGAUUUAGAGUUGGAGCUUAUGUUACGGCGCGACGAUAUUUUAAAUGACGAGGCUGUUCUACCAGAUGAGCUUUCUGAUGAAGAGAUCGCUAGCAUCCAGGCUCUCUUAACUCAAGCAUGCAUUGAUGCCCAUGAAGAGUCCAAUUUCCGCAAGUGGCAACAUUUCUGGGAUAGCUGUAUCCGCUCAUAUACGAGAAAGGCUGGAAAGCUGAGAAAGAAGCCUGAGCAUCUCUUUGAAUAUAUGCCAUGGAUUGAUGUAGAAGAAGGCACUUUUCACAACGUUAUCCCACCACAUAAAUAUUUCUGUUUGUACGAGCAGGCAGUUUGGACAAACUUUACAGCUUGGAAGUUUGGAAAGUGGGCCCAAUUACCAGGACCUGCGCAGUGGUACCCAAAGUCUUACAAUCUUGUCGACAACGGAUGGUUACAAGUCUCCACUCAUAGUUCUAGCUUCAAAGAGGCGUUCUUACUUGUCUACUCUAAGAAAUUUGAUAAGGAAAAGUGGGCUAAGGUAUCAGCUGCACAGGAUAUGUUGUUUCUGGAGUUAGAGUAG